CUCAGCACCUGACAGUAGAAAACAUGAAAUUUCUCCAAAUUUUAAAAAAAGCCGCAGCUUCACCGGAAAACCGACGCAGGUUUGCUUCAAUUCCAGCCAACGCCCGCCGUUUCUCGAAUCAAUCCUUCUCUCACUCUUCCAAUACCUCUUCGUUCGGCAUUUCUUUCGACAUUGAUGGAGUGAUCCUUCGUGGCGAGACUCCCAUAGGAGGCUCGCCGCAGGCUUUGAGAAGAUUGUACGAUGAUUCUGGUUCCUUGAGAAUUCCCUAUGUUUUCUUGACUAAUGGAGGUGGUGUUCCUGAAUCUAGCAAAGCAGCGGAGUUGAGCAAAUUAUUGAAUGUCCAUAUUUCACCUGUCCAGGUUAUACAAGGACAUUCACCUUUCAAGUCGCUAGCAAAAAGUACCAUAUGGGGUUGGAUGCUUCUGGCAUUAACUGGUGUGUAGAAUCACUAAACAUCAAAGGUGCAUUCUUUGAGGAAGAUAAAUAAAUCAAUGAUGGAUUUGAAGAUGAACUUGUCAUCGCCGUUGGAAAAGGAGAACCUGCAAUGGUGAUGUCUGAAUAUGGUUUUAGAAAUGUUCUCUCUAUAGAUGAAUAUGCAUUGUAUUUCGAACACAUUGAUCCAUUGGAGAAAUAUAAGAAUUGGGCAAAACAGCAAGCUGGUUAUGACAAAAACUCUUCUGGAGAAAUAGACAGGAAAAAUGAUCAGUGCUUUCAGCGAGUGCAAGCUGUCUUCAUAGUUAGUGAUUCCGUCGAUUGGAGCAGGGACAUUCAGGUAUUGUGUGACGUCUUGAGCACUGGAGGUCUUCCCGGAAGAGAGAUUGCAAGACAACCCCAAUUGUACUUCGCAAAUGACGACCUUUCCUAUCAAGGUCUGUUUCCCACUGAACGCCUUGGCAUGGGUGCUUUCAGAAUUGCAUUAGAAUCUAUCUACAAUAGCAUUUAUCCAAACGCUCUGGAUUACACAUCUUUUGGAAAACCGAACCCUUCCGUAUUCAGGAAUGCUGAAAAUGUGCUGAUGCAAGUAGUCCAUUCACACAUAAGGCCCCCAGUUGAUGGAGAAUAUCCUUUCAAAACCUUGUACAUGAUAGGGGAUAAUCCGUCGGUUGACGUAAGAGGGGCUCAGCAGGCAGGACAACCUUGGUUCUCGAUCUUGACCAGGUCUGGGGUUUUUAAAGGGAGGGAUAAUCACCCAUUGCAUCCGGCAGAUCUGGUUGUUGAUACUGUCGAAGAGGCGGUGGAUUUCAUUUUGAGGAAGGAGGCAUUUCAAACUGAUUUUACUAAUAAGUUCAAGCACCAUUAAAUCUUUUAUAUGAACUCUGGCCUUAUGAAGAUCUGUCUAUCCUAAUUGCAGGGUGGGUAUGGUUGAAUUCAAGGGGGUCGAUAUUGGAUUCAUAUUGGUUGGCUUAGGAAUCUUUGCACUUAUCAUUUGAGAAUUUGAAAUUUAACCAUCAACGCGCGGGAUCACUUUGAUUUGAUUUUAAUACUAGCUGCUUGAGAACUUUUAUUUUUUGGAUUGCUCCUCCCCAUAGGCAUAUAAGUUAAUGAAAUAUCAUUUGCUUUCAAUUUCCUGAAAGAUGAGCCAAGAGAACUGAGUAUUUUGUUGCCUAUAGAAAUACGUGCAGCAUUCUUUUUCUGUUUGCAUGUGGUAGGAUUGCAAUUUGAUCCCGAGAAAUUCUACAUAGACAAACAGGAUGAUCACUUUGACAUAAUACACAAGGGACACAAUCAUAUUAGUUUAUAUAUGUCAGUAUCACUUUCAACAGUUAACCACCACUAAACUCCUAUGUCAUUUUGCCUCACAUCUUUUUAUGAAGUUGUGUGUGUGCGCAUGGUCUUCUCUGAUCGAUCAUCAAGGUGUGCGUGUGCAUGGACAAGAGGAGAAGGGGUCAUGCAUUUCUAUUGCUUUUGUUUUGUUUGUUUAAAGUCGUGUUUCUUUUGUUUCCCGUUUUAAUUAGUUGAACGUCGCGUUUUUUAUUGUUUUUAAUUGUGCGAAUAUUAGACCUAAACGAUGUCGUUUUAGGUGGUAUGUUUUCAUUUGAAUUAGACCUAAGCGAUGUCGUUUUAGGUCGUGUGUUUUCAUUUGCUUUAGAGCGGGGCUUUAAAUGCAAUUUGCGGCAUUCAGG